UCUUAUGUGAAAUCAUGGAAAAUGGGAGCUCUACCUCUUAUUUCAUUCUCCUAGGACUCUUUGAUCACACCACAGCCCACCAAGUCCUCUUCAUGAUGCUUCUGGCCAUUGUUUUGACCUCCCUGUUUGGCAAUGUCCUCAUGAUUCUCCUGAUCCACCGGGACUGCCGGCUCCACACGCCCAUGUACUUCCUCCUGAGCCAACUCUCCCUCAUGGACAUGAUGCUGGUUUCCACCACGGUGCCCAAAAUGGCGGCUGACUACCUGACCGGAAAUAAGGCCAUCUCCCCUGCCGGCUGCGGUGCGCAGAUCUUCUUCCUCCCCACGCUGGGGGGUGGAGAGUGCUUCCCCUUAGCAGCCAUGGCCUAUGACCGCUGCGCGGCUGUCUGCCACCCACUCCGAUAUCCCAUGCUCAUGAGCUGGCAGCUGUGCCUGAGGAUGACCAUGUCGUGUUGGCUCCUGGGUGCAGCUGACGGGCUCCUGCAGGCUGCUGCUUCCCUGAGCUUCCCGUAUUGCGGGGCGCACGAGCUCGAUCAUUUCUUCUGCGAGGCCCCCGUGCUGGUGCGUUUGGCUUGUGCUGACACUUCAGUCUUCGAAAACGCCAUGUACAUCUGCUGUGUGUUAAUGCUCCUGGUGCCCUUGUCUCUCAUCCUGUCCUCCUAUGGUCUCAUCCUCGCCGCUGUUCUCCACAUGCGCUCUCCAGAAGCCCGCAAGAAGGCCUUUGCCACCUGCUCUUCACAUGUGGCUGUGGUGGGACUCUUUUAUGGAACUGCCAUUUUUACCUACAUGAGACCCAAAUCUCGUAGGUCCACUAACCACGAUAAGGUUGUGUCAGCCUUCUACACUGUGUUCACCCCUUUGCUAAACCCCCUCAUCUACAGUGUGAGGAACAGUGAGGUCAAGGGAGCCCUGACAAGGUGUAUGGGUCGGUGUGUGGCCUUAAGUCAUGAAUAA